AUGUUCAUAUCUUCUCUUUCAGACGCAUCCAACGUGCCUAGUUCUCAUCCAUUAGAACUUCAACGAGUAUUGGCCAAUGAGGAAAGGCCAAAUGAAGAGGAUCUAGAAGAGGAACUAAAGAACGAAGAUGCGGUAAACGUGGGUGAGCCCGAGAAUGGCCAGAUAACUGACGAAGAAGAGGAGAAAGAUGAGGAGGAGGAGGAGGAGGAGGAGGAGGAGGAGGAAAAAGAAGAAGAGACGGAUGAUGAGAAAUCAGUGGAGAAGGAUGCGGAUGACGACGUGGAGCAAGAAACAGAAGAAGAGGAAGUUGGAGUACAAGAGGAAAAGCAGAUCGAGGGUGAGAUGGAAAAGGAAGAUGACGAAGAAUAUGAACACGAAGACCACGACGAGCGAGAAGAAGAAGAAAUGGAGAUACAGGAAGAAAAGCCGGUUGAGGUUGAGGUGGAAAAGAGUGACGAUGACGAAAGAGAAGAAGAUGACGACGACGACGAAAGUGAAUCGGAAUUGUGA